CACUCGUGCUAUAUAUACAAUCUCUUAGGACGCUCACGGUACUCACAUCCCGUCCCAUCCCAUCCCACCGCGCAUCGGAUCGCAUCGCAUCGCGACCCUUUCUUGUGCUGGGAAGAGUGGCCGUCCUCUCGCUUCGGUCUGUCUGUCUCUGUCUGUCUGUCUGGGCUCGUUGAGGUAGAAUUGAGUUGAUCUUUGGGACCUGGAAGUGUCAGGUGCAAACUAUUCGAAUCCGUAGACUCACAAAUUUGGCGGAGAGCAGUUUGUAGUUGGAAUUGGCGACUCGAGGAGUUAUCGCGCGGUUGAUUGACAGGGGUCACUGCGCAACAGCCAAAUUGAAUUGUCGCGUCCCUUAGAGGCAUAGAUUGAGAACUUCUCAACAGAGGUAUAAUCUUCCAGGCGACCGCUUGAUUGUUCACUCGCUUCUGUGCUUCAAAUGAGAUUGCUUAAAGGCGAACGCUGCUUUGAAUCCAGAGAAUGAGAAACGAUAAUUCUCUGAAUUCUUCGUCUGUGUGGGUGUGUCUGUGUUCGACUCAAACGCACAUACAGAAACAGCGAUAAGCAAAACUUGACGAUCAAUGCCCGCCCGCUCGUCUAAGCUUGACCCCGUCGGUGGUUCUCUGCGCUUUGCGCUGCAGGAGGACUCAACCUUCUAGCUGGCUCAUAAUCAGAAUCGCUGCCUAGUCAAGAAGACGACACCGGUAGGGACCUUGGAUCAGCGGAGCACGCAGCCUGCACAAGUGAGUCAGCCAAUUCGUCGACAGAACAUUCGAACCGAGCGAGUUUGUGGAUGAGCCAGUGCUUCCGAACUUGCGUUUGAGGAUUCUUGCGAAGUGUGCGCAUUGUGGUGAAAGGUGUUUUAGUGUGAAAGUGUGUAGGGGUCUGGCAGUGAGCGCUGGCUGCGGAUCGCUUGCCUGCUCGCGUGAGACUGAGAGUGAGAGCGAGAGCAAGCGCAGGCACGUGGUGCACCACCACCGUAGCAGCCAUCCGAGAUGAGGUUCAGCUUGAAGCAUCCAGGAAUGAACGGGAAAUUUCAGUUCGCGGCGCGGAUGCUAAAGAGCCGAUGGUUUGUGGUAGUUGCAGCGAUUUGGAUCCAAUGCUGCAGUGGAUCAUCUUAUAACUUUGGUAUUUAUUCACAGAGUAUCAAAGUCGCGCUCGGCUACGAUCAGAUGCAUUUGGACACCCUGGCCUCCUUCAAGGACAUCGGUUCCAAUGUAGGCGUCAUGUCAGGACUGGUGUUCGACCAAAUUCCUCCAUGGGGCGUUCUGAUCAUCGGAGCUCUGCAGUCUGGGUUUGGAUAUUUGAUGAUGUGGCUUUCGGUGACCGGCAGAAUCUCGCCCCCGGCCCUCUGGCAGAUGUGUCUCUACAUGUUCCUCUCGGCCAAUGGCCAGACUUAUUUCAACACAGCCACGGUCGUAACAUGCGUGCAGAAUUUCCCCCGCAGCCGUGGUAUUAUCAUCGGAUUGAUGAAGGGAUUCUUGGGCCUGAGUGGGGCAAUCUUGACACAGGUCUACCAUGCGAUAUACGCAGACGAGCCUUCUUCUUUCCUUUUCAUGUUAAUGUGGCUGCCUUCGGCGAUGUCGCUCCUCUGGAUGUUCGUCAUUCGCCCCGUGUCCUCACCCAAGCGAGGCAACGAGAAUCGGAACCUCUAUCUGAUAUCGGCCAUCGCGUUGGUUUUGGCAGCGUACCUGAUGACGCUGAUUAUCAUCGAGAAUACAGUGACAUUGAGUCAUGUGGUCAGCUUGAUCACUUGCUCUAUCUGUGCUCUGGUUCUACUGGCUCCUCUCGGAGUGGUGUACAAAUCAGAAAGCGAAGAUGCGAAAGCGCAAGCUGCGUCUUCCAACUCCUCCCCAUAUUCUUCCUCCUCCAGCUUGCCACCUUCCCUGACACCUUCCCUGACGCAGCCACUUCUCAGAGGUGAAUCCUCGUCGAGGCUUCCGGUCUCGGUCCAGGUGGUGGUGAACCCUCCGGAGCCACAAUCCGAGAGAACAGGACCCAAGGUUGUGUAUUCGGAAUCCGAGGGAGACAUGAGCAUUCCAGAAUCCAUCGUGGAGAAUCCAGCCGAAAGAGUCAAGCCCCACAGGGGAGAGGAUCACACAUUCACCGAGGCAGUAGCCAAGGCAGACUUCUGGCUUCUAUUCGUUGCCAUGGCCUGCGGAAUGGGCUCGGGGCUCACAGCCAUCGACAACAUGGGCCAAAUCGGCGCUUCCCUGGGCUACUCAACCCAGAAAGUAGGAACAUUCAUCUCUCUCUUGAGCAUCUGGAACUUCCUGGGGCGGCUGGGAUUCGGAACCGUCUCCGAAGUCUGCCUGCACCGCUACAGAAUUGCCAGGCCAGUGUUCCUGGCUUUGACCCAAGCAACCAUGUCUGUCGGCCACCUGAUGAUCGCCACAGCGUUCCCGGGGUCCCUGUACGUGGGGUCCGUGGUGAUCGGCCUGUGUUACGGCGCACAGUGGUCGCUCAUGCCGGCAAUCACAUCGGAAAUUUUCGGGCUCAUGAGGUUCGGAACUCUGUACAAUACAAUCACAAUUGCCAGUCCUCUGGGCGCGUACUACCUCUCGGUGCAGGUUGCAGGCCACAUUUAUGACUACGAGGCCAGGCAGGAGAGGAUCACAGCUCCGGCUGUAAAUACUGUAGGACUAGGAUUUCUGAGGUGGUUCAAGUCGGGAGAGCUCCUGUGCCACGGACCCCAUUGCUUCCGCCUGACGUUCAUCAUCAUGGCCGCUGUGAGCUUUUUCGGCUGUCUGGUUUGUUUGAUCCUCGUGGCUCGGACGAGGAAGUUCUACGCCCGAGUUGUUUAUGCGCGCCUGGAGAGUCAAAGGAUCGAGAAGCAAGAGCAGGAGCGCGGUCUGCAGGCGGCUUGAACCGAACCAUGCACCAAUCUCGCACAGGCCUCCACGAUCGACGACAACCAUGGGAGCACAACAAUGCGCUCUGACCACCGGGGUUUAGACUUUUUGUAGCUGUAGAUAUAUCCAUAUUCUUUCAAUCAACAUGCUGCAUUCAGCUUCAAGAGCUGUUCUUGACACUAGGGAACCUGUAAAUUAGUGUAUAGUACAGAAUUCAGAAAUCUUAAACGGCAAAACUUAUAAAGCCUUUAAAAAUUUCAACAAGCAAACCGAUAUUUUCCG